CGUAAAAAGCAUGUGCUAAUGCCCAUAUAGGAGCAGUACAUGGUCUAUUUUGCCGAGAUACGGUCAUCCCAAUCCUAACCAACCUCGCACUGAGGUGGCUACGCUUGUUUGCUUGUGGAAGCAUCUCUACUGUGUCCAAACUCGGCCCAGAUAAACUUAAGACGUAUGAAGACGAACGCUAUUCGAAAAUAGUCCCCGAAACAUUGCAUCAUGGCUCCAGAAACUGUAACUCAAUACCAUCACUACAUCCCCCGCUUCAUCCUGAAGCGAUUUGAGCAUACGAGAGCCAAAAGCAAGAACUCCACAGAGCAUGGAAUUGUACAUGUUUUCGACCUGGUCGGUGAGCAAUUUUGGCUCAAAGAAGUUGCAAAGACCUGCGGCACCCAAAACCUAUACUACAACGCGAUGGAUACAAACCCAAUGAGGGUAGAACAUCUGUUCAGUAAGCUAGAGUCGAAGACCAGCGUGAUAUUCAACAAGGUUACAGAUGCUGUCAGCAACGGUGUUGAUCAUAUCGAUAUCCUUGAGAAGGACGUUCAUCUUCUCUUCCAGUUCAUGAAUCUGUCCCUUAGGCGGUCGGAGUGGUACAGAGACGAAGUCAAGAACCCCUACCGUGAGAACGACUUUUUCUUCCAGCGACACUUUGAAGCGUCCAGAAAGAGUGGCCGGUCCAGCGAACCAGAGCAGUACUGGCUCGAGCAGUUGCUGUAUCUCUUGGAAACAAGCCACGAGGACAUCCUAGAAGAUGCUAAAAAUCCAGAUGAAAACGCUGCCGCGUACACUUAUAGACACUUUGUCGAGAAUUACGCCCUUCAGAUCUGGAAAGCGGCCAAUGGCUACGAAUUCUUUCUUAAUGACCGACUGGUUGAUUUUGAGGGCGAUACGCAAUCGUACCUCGGUACAGAGAUGAAAGGAAAAAGAUGUCAGCUUAUAUGGAUGACUAGCGAAGACUUGAUACAUCUUAUCCUUCCCGUUAGUCCGGAAGUUGCCAUUAUAUUCUGCAACGAGUCACGAUGCUGGGAGUCACCGUUCGCAGAUGCUAUGCUCCAGGCCAAAGUGUCUUACCCGGAGAAUUCUUUGCUGAAAAAUGCACCACACAAGGACAUCGUCAGUGUCGAUGUACCAAGCAGGAAGAGAGGGAGAAAGAAAUGGCCCGCAACGGUUGCCUGGAGGGUAAACAUUGGAGCUCUGAGUCGAGAGCAGCAUCGAAUCAUCGCUUCCUACUCACUCAGUCAUGCUCGGUUACUGAUUGUAGUCCGAAGCAGAGCGCGAUUCGAGAGAGCCAAGCGUGAACUGGAGUUGUUCUCGCGAGAGAGGAUGGAACAUUGGAGUAAGCUUGGAAUUCGAUCCAGCUACAGGGGUAGCCAGCAGCAGUCUCAAGGGCCGGUUCUACAACCUGCCUCGGAGGAAGCGAGUUAUAAAUCAGUUGAGGAAUUUAUGUCUGCCCUAUACCAGAUGCUUGAAAUCAAAGACAUCACGCACGAGGUCCCAUCAAUGACCAAGAAAAAUGCGUUCAGAUUAUGGGUGACAAUUGACGGCCUUGAACGUUCAGCCGGGAGAAUAGCUCCUUCAGUGGGUUCAGAGAAAGGUUGCCCUGCCAGUCGAAUAAUGCAUCCAGCCCUCAAAGCUGCAUUUGAAGCUAAAUACCCGCCAAAACAUCCCAACCACAAAGACCUUAACAAUGUGAACUUCGCGAAAUUCUUCGACGAGUGCAUUGGGGAAGAGACGUUUCGCCUACUAUCUCUCGAAAUAGAAAGGGAAAUUUCGAAACUAGUCUCGGCAAACAGCUUCAAAGCUCAUUUUGAAGCCUGCAAAAAGACAUUACCACAUUACGACGAUCCUUUAGUACAACAACGCGGGCACGAUGCAAGUGACCAGUGUACUGAUUUGAAAGACGACAUCCUGAGAAGCCCACAGUUCCAAUCGAUUAUAAAAGUGGCAGAAAUUUUCGAUGUUCUGAAAUGGAUGUUCGAUGAACGACAGGACAUCUUAGCAACUUUUGUGCGGCAGAUUGCGGUGCCAAUGGAUGGUACAAGGCCGCGUGUUGUCCGGUUUCGUGGAAGGCGCGAAUAG